GACACACACCCACCAAGCACCCACCGCCCCGCGCCCCCGCCGGCCGCCGCGCCGCGGGCAGCCCGAGCGAGCGACAACUCCCCCGGCUGGAGCCGCUCGCCUUCCCGGCUCCUUCCGCGCGGCGAGCUGAGCCCGGCUCGAUUUUUUUCCUUUUCUAUCCCAGCCCUCUCUGGUCUGGGCGCCGGCGGCGGCGGCAGGGGAACGGGGGCCCGCGAUGGGGAAGGGGAUGAAGAUCUCUGAAGAUUAUUGUUCUUUUUAAGGAUGCCUUAGCUUCCUCCCGCCGCCUCUCCGUUGAGCCUUCCUACUAGAGAUCGAGAACCAGAGUCAGGGAUGUAAAGAGAGGGUGGAAAAAAAAAAAAACAAAAAACAGGCAAGAGCUCCAGCCAGCCGGGGAGACCCUCCUCUCCGCGGAGGGGAGGGGGAUUUCCAGCGACAGAUCAUUGGCGAAGGGGACCGUCGCGGGGAGAGGAGCCCCGGAGGGAGCGGGGAAUCCCACAGCUCUUUGUGGAGCCCGAGCCGCCUGCCGAGCGGGGUCGGUGGGAGCUAGGUGCAUCCGUGGAAAUGCCUGCUGCAGAGGGAUCUAGCUUGAGUUGACCUUCCAGCGUCUCAUCCUUUUGAGGACCCUUUGUGCAGUCCAAAAUGGCAGAGAAGGUUCCCCCUGGCUUAAACAGGAAGACGUCAAGGUCGACACUUUCUCUUCCACCGGAACCAGUGGACAUCAUUAGGAGCAAAACGUGCUCCCGGAGGGUGAAGAUCAACGUGGGGGGCCUCAACCACGAGGUCCUGUGGAGAACGUUGGACCGGUUGCCCAGGACCCGCCUGGGCAAGCUCCGGGACUGCAACACACACGAGAGCCUCCUGGAGGUGUGCGAUGACUACAACCUGAACGAGAACGAGUAUUUCUUCGAUCGGCACCCAGGAGCCUUCACAUCCAUUUUAAAUUUCUACCGGACAGGGAAACUCCACAUGAUGGAAGAAAUGUGCGCUCUCUCUUUCGGCCAAGAGCUUGAUUACUGGGGGAUCGAUGAGAUCUACUUAGAGUCGUGCUGCCAAGCCAGGUAUCAUCAAAAGAAGGAGCAGAUGAACGAAGAACUCCGGCGGGAGGCGGAGACCAUGCGGGAACGUGAGGGUGAAGAGUUUGAUAACACCUGCUGCCCUGAGAAGAGGAAGAAACUCUGGGACCUGCUGGAGAAGCCCAACUCGUCCGUGGCUGCCAAGAUCUUGGCUAUCGUGUCCAUCUUGUUCAUCGUCCUCUCUACCAUCGCGCUGUCUCUCAACACGCUGCCAGAGCUGCAGGAGAUGGAUGAAUUCGGACAGCCCAAUGACAACCCCCAGCUGGCCCACGUGGAGGCCGUGUGUAUCGCCUGGUUUACCAUGGAGUACCUUUUACGGUUCCUGUCCUCACCCAACAAAUGGAAGUUCUUCAAAGGCCCGCUGAACGUUAUCGACUUGCUGGCCAUCUUGCCCUAUUACGUCACCAUCUUCCUCACAGAGUCCAACAAGAGUGUGCUGCAGUUCCAGAACGUUCGCCGCGUGGUCCAGAUCUUCCGGAUCAUGCGGAUCCUCCGGAUCCUGAAACUCGCCCGGCACUCGACUGGCCUACAGUCCCUGGGCUUCACCCUCAGGCGGAGUUACAAUGAACUGGGCUUGCUGAUCUUGUUUCUGGCCAUGGGGAUAAUGAUAUUCUCCAGCCUGGUAUUUUUUGCCGAGAAGGACGAGGAUGCUACCAAGUUCACCAGUAUCCCGGCUUCCUUUUGGUGGGCCACCAUCACCAUGACGACUGUUGGUUAUGGAGACAUCUACCCAAAAACGUUAUUAGGGAAAAUUGUGGGAGGUCUCUGCUGUAUCGCAGGGGUUCUAGUGAUCGCCCUUCCCAUCCCAAUCAUUGUGAACAAUUUUUCUGAGUUUUACAAGGAGCAGAAACGCCAGGAGAAAGCCAUUAAGAGGAGAGAGGCUCUGGAGCGCGCCAAGAGGAACGGAAGCAUCGUGUCUAUGAACUUAAAGGACGCCUUUGCUCGAAGUAUGGAGCUGAUAGACGUGGCGGUGGAGAAGACGGGAGAGUCGGCCAACACCAAGGGCUCCACAGAUGACAAUCACCUCUCUCCAAGCCGGUGGAAGUGGGCCAGGAAGGCUCUGUCGGAAACCAGCUCCAAUAAGUCUUACGAGAAUAAGUACCAGGAGGUCAGCCAGAAAGACUCCCAUGAACAGCUGAACAACACUUCUUCCUCCAGCCCGCAGCAUCUGAGCGCCCAGAAGCUGGAGAUGCUGUACAAUGAAAUCACCAAGACGCAGCCUCACUCUCACCCGAACCCCAAUGGCCAGGAGCAGGCCGAGAGGCCGUCCGCCUACGAGGAAGAGAUAGAGAUGGAGGAGGUGGUCUGCCCGCAGGAGCAGCUGGCGGUGGCACAGACCGAGGGCGUCGUGGACAUGAAGAGCACAUCCAGUAUCGACAGCUUCACCAGCUGCGCCACCGACUUCACGGAGACAGAGAGGUCGCCCCUGCCGCCGCCCUCCGCGUCCCACCUGCAGAUGAAGUUCCCACCCGACCUCGCCGGGAUAGAAGAGCACCAAAGAGCCAGGGUUCCCCCUUUCUUAGCCCUAAUCAGGGAGAAGGGGCCCGCGGCCAGGGAGGCCACUCCAGAAUAUGCUCCGAUCGACAUAACUGUGAACCUCGACGCCGCCGGCGGGCCCCAGGGUGGGCCCCACGGCCCCCUGCCGACGGACAGUGCCUCCGAGAGCCCCAAGAGCUCGCUGAAAGGCAGCAACCCGCUCAAGUCCAGAUCGCUCAAGGUCAACUUCAAGGACAGCAGAGGCGGAGCCCCGCCAACCCCGCCCAGCACAGCCAGGCCGCUGCCGGUCACCGCGGCGGACUUUCCACUCACCGCCCCCCAGCUAAUCAGCACCAUCCUCUUAGAAGAAACCCCCUCCCAGGGAGACAGACCCUUGCUGGGCGCUGAGGUUCAUUGUCAAGGACCCUCCAAAGGGCUGACGCCUCGGUUUCCCAAGCAGAAACUCUUUACUUUCUCCACCAGAGAGAGGAGGAGCUUCACGGAAAUCGACACGGGGGAAGAUGAUGACUUCUUAGAGCUCCAGGGGACCAAGAGGCGGGACAAGCAGGCAGACUCCAGCCCAAACUGCUUGACAGAUAAACCUAGUGAUGGAAGAGACCCUUUAAGAGAAGAGGCCUGUGUGGGCUCUUCCUCUGCCCAGGACACAAGUCACAACUGUAGGCAAGAUGUUUACCAUGGUGUGGCAGAAGUGAAAAAGGACAACAGUCAAGAAGGGUGCAAGAUGGAAAACCAUUUGUUUGCCCCAGAAAUUCAUUCCAACCCGGGAGACACAGGUUACUGCCCCACACGUGAAACCAGCAUGUGACUAGUUACAAAAGCAAUAAUAACACUAAAACAAACAAACAAACAAAAAAACUUGUUUCUUAAAAAUGCGGUUAAUAAUGCCUGUGAACUAAAACGUGGGAAGCCCCUCCCUCCCAAAAAAAGUGCAUAAAAUGUUAUUUUUGCAUGGCAUGAACAGUUUAGUUUCAGUACUGUUUAAAUAAAGAAUCAAGACUCCAUUUUUGUAACAAACAAAAAUGACUGAAGAACACUGAACAAAUAAAGAGAGCUCUAUUAGGAACCGUAUUCUGCCAUGUCUGACAUUUUUGAUCCUUUCAUUUCAAAUUACAGAGUUUCGACUGUGAGCUUUUCUGUUAUGAUGAAUUUUAGAAUUUGCACAUGAAAGGAUGAAAUGUCACUGCAUGCGUUCAUAAUUGCGAGGCGCAAGGUGCUUUGAGCUUGCAAAAUGCAUAACUUUGUAAAUAAUGGGGCUUGGGAUGCAGAAGUGUCAAGAACAGACGGAAACAAGUUUCUGAGACACAGGCACUUCCUUCACAGCUACUGCCUGGAGGAGCUGUACAGACUUCUUGUUGCAAAACUGCAACCUCUUCUUAAACCAUCUCACAUAUCUUGCUUUGGGUUAUAAAGCUCUUAUAAGUACGUUUGUUUAAAGGAAUACAGUAUUUUUAUUGACUGAUGAUAUGACUCACAGGGUGCAUUUUUCUUUUUUGCUUCUGCUUAGUUGUGGCAUUUGUGGUUUUAUUUAUAAAUCAUGAAAAUAGGCAAGAUGUAAUGACCAGAUAUCCAAAAACUUGAAAUUGAGGCUUGAAAUUUUGCCAGUCAAUUACAUAUCCCUAAUAUUGUGGGGGAAAGUAUGUAUCAUGUCACAACCUGUACAGAAAUGCAUUUUUAAAAAAUCUGAACAUACUUAAAAGGUGAUAUUACACAACUAAACUUUUUUUUAAUCGCACCCCACUUCUAUAAAUCAGUUCUUUAAAAAAAACAAAAACAAAAAACUAUAUAUUGGCCACCUAAAGAUGACUAUUUUCCACUUGUAUCUAACAUAACCUUUUCUGUCUAAAAACCUAAAGAUAGAAUGUACAUAUGCCAAAAUGGGAAUUCCAAAAAGUGACUUUUGGCAAACUAAAAGCAGAGCUAUUUAAGUCAGACUGCCACCCCACCCACCCCGACCACAUAGAUAGAGGUGAGUUUGGAAAUGAGUUACAUAGAAAGAACCCUGCCCUGAUAAUGGAUCUUUCAGUAUUUCCCAGUGUGAGGAGGGAACACGGCCAGGUGAGGAGGGCUGCAGACUCCAGCAGCACCAUCCUGUAGUUGCAGCACCUAGAAACACACCCUCACGUUUCCAGCGCCCCCAAGUGGUGGAGAAUUGAAAGCAAUAUUUCCACCGUUUUUACUGAGGCCGUGAAAUGCACAGAUGUUAGGGUAGUUGGCGCUCAGUUCAGUUCAGAUGGCUCUAGUGGUAAAGAAUUCGCCUGUCAAUGCAGGAGACGCAAGAGACGCGGGUCGAUCCCUGGGUCGGAAGAUCCCCUGGAGGUGGAAAUGGCAAUUCACUCCAGUUUUUUGCCUGGAAAAUUCCGUGGACAGAGGAGCCUAGCCGGCUCGCAAAGCUUGCAAAGAGUUGGACAUGCCUGAGUGUCAUGUCAACACACAAACACACACAGGGUAUUUGCUGGUGGCUGUCUUGUUGGUUAAGACUGUGCUAAAAGCCAGUUCAUUUGGAUCCACUUUGCCUUUACAGGAAAUCAAAGCUCUAGCUCCAGAAAUCUAACUACCUGCUGGGUAAUCCUGAGUAAAUCUUGAAAACCUCUCUUAGCCUGCUUUACUCCAAUAAAAACUAAGACAAAUUAUUUCUAAGUUACCUUAAGAGUUCAAAUUAAUGUGAUUCCUUGAGCUCUCAGGAAUGUCCAAGUUCUGCCUCCGAAUCAUACAUUUUGUAUGUGUGUGUGGAUGUGUGGGUGGGUGUGGGUGCAGGUGUAUAGUUCAGGGAAACAGGAAAAUUCUGGGCCAAAUUUAAAGCACAAUUUUUUGUUUAAGGAAAAACAUUCCAAAUUGUAUCCUAUAUUUUAAAGGAAAAAACACAUCAGAAAAAGACAACCCAAAUAUUUAGAAUCUAACUUAAGGCUUUAAGGAAUAACAUGUCUUUAUUAACAAAAUCUGGUCAUUAUAUCUUAGAUAAGAAAACCAGGAUGGUUCUUAGUUGAAAUCCAAGUACUGCUAAAAAUAAUUUUAAGCAUUUUUUCAUUGUUAUUAGAAUUUCCUAAUGGUUUUUAUGUUUGUUUCAAAACACAACUUUUAAGAGUGUAUGGUCAUUAAUCAUUGAUACUUACAUUAGUCAUACUUAUUUCAGUGUCUAAAACUACAUAUUGCUCAGUUUUUGUAAAACUAGAGUGUCUGAAUUUUCUAUAUAUAGUUUUUCAAGUAAACAGAUAUAUCUGCUGUUAGAUGAAUAGCAAAUAAGUCCUGAAAAUUAUUUUCUUUACAUAGUCUCAUGAAGCAGUUAUUUUCUGGUGUCUCUGUAUUGAUGAAUCUCGUUUUUUAAAAUUUAUCUGAUAGUUUACUAAUGCCAACCUGUCUUGUGUCCAUUAGGCCUUCUACCUGAGAAUCCUGCUCCAGAAUGCUUAAUAUUAAAAAUCUUUCCUAGAUAAGGAAUUCUAGACGUUUCCCCCAAAAGAUUUCUCCCUAAAAACUUUUUUCUGUUAAUAUUAUUUUUUUUAAGUUUUAAAGAAUUUUGGAGAACCUCCUAUGGAAAAUUGAACCUUCAAUUCUUCUUAGCCCCUCUGAGCCAAACGUCUUUGGCUAGGAAAAAAUAAAACAUUCCUAAAAAAAAAAAAAAAACAAAAACACAACUUUUGACUUUGUUGUUUCGCAAGAAAGCACCAAGGGUUCCCAGAAUGCUCUUGUGCAGUUCGUCCUAAACCUUUUAAGUGAACUAACUGCCUCUAAUUCAGGGGAGGAACGUAUUUGCCUGGACUGGUCUGGGAAUAUACCAAGCACAGAGAUCUUGCAAAGUCUUAUGUUUUAUGUUAAAAAGUCAUGAAAAUGCUGCAUUUUACUUCAUAGCAUAUGCUUCAAUAUAAAAGAGUUGAUGUUUUUUCUUACAGUACUCACCAACUACUGAAAUGGAUACUCAUUUAACUUUACAUACCUCUUUUUGUAUUCCCUGGAAAACACACCCCCAGUUUGAGAAGCACUGCUUGAGUGGCAGGGACACAGACUAACUCCCUGAGGGACCCUGGAGGUUUCCGCCACUGGGAGAGCCCACUCAGUAUCACCUAGCUCAGUGACCAGAGACAAACAUCAAUGAGGAAAGGCUAUUUGAAAGAACUCAAAAUAACACAGUCCCAGGUGUGGUUAAUUCAGUUCUGCUGACCAUCCUAAUGGAUAUAAAUUGCCACAAGAUUGUUUUAACUCAAAACUUGAAAUUGAUCAUAAGAGAAUAGAAAUGGGUACGUGGAUAUACAUCUUGGGCUGGAUCACAAAUGCAAGAGUGACAACCAGACUCCCUAGAGUUCAUUGAAUUAGUUUCUAAACAUUUCCACUAGAAAUUUCUUCACUGGGGCACAGCCAACAGCUUUGAAGCAAGCAUUUAGAUCUAGCACUAUCCUGAUAUGAACUGGAUCUGGUAACAAGAAGAGGAUGUGCCAGUGUCUGUUCCCAUUAAUUUCCUGUCAAACGCGUCUUAGUCGUGUAGACAUGAGGAAAGUCAACAACUCAACUAUUUUCUCUUGAAAUUUGAAAAGAAAAAAGUGUGUAGAAUAUUUUAGAGUUUUUGGUCAUGUUUAAUCCUCACAACAGCCGCCUUCUGAAUCAGGUGUUAUUUAUCAAUAGAAGACCAGGGAAGUUAUGAAUCUUGUUCAGAUUCACACUUGAACUUGAUGAAGAGUAGAACGAGACCUCAUUCACAUCAUGUGGCUUCACGUCCAGUGUUCCAGUGAACUACAGGAAAGUCUGUUUAGUUAAGGAGUGUUUUUUCUCUGUUAAUAUUCGAAAUAAUGAAAAUAAAAACAGAGGUGUAUUUAUUGUCACACAGUUUGUUUAAAGCAGCAGUGGAUCAUGCCAAAUGCUAAUGACUUGAGAUAAAUGACAUUGAUUGUCUUUAGCACAUACAUUUGCCCUCUUGGAAUUCUGGUCAUAAGAUACACAUCUCUGGAUUAAAGAGAAGAAUUUAUUAUUCAUGACAUAACAUGAUAUACACAUUAGGCAAAGACUGAAGGAAGUCACUGAUUUUCUAGGAAAAAAAAAAUAAAGAACUUUAGAAUGACUGAAUCUAAGUUCAAAAAUAUUGUCUAAUAGAAGUUGAUUGGCAUUUCACUAUUCAUUCAUUCAGUAAAUAUGAGGUGAGCACUCCUAUAUUCUAUAGAAGGAAUUGUGCUUGGUGCUAGGGUACAGCCCCCAGCCUCAUGGACUUACGACCCAUUUAAAACCAGAUUGAGGGGACUUCCCUGGCAUCCAGUGGUUAGGAUUCCAAGCUUCCUGCACUUCCACUGCAAUAGGCACAAGUUCCAUGCCAUGUCAGGGAACUAAGAUCCUUCAUGCCGUGUGGUGUGGUCAAAAAGUACAUAACAUUAACAAUAAUAAAACCAGGCUGAGGAUCAUUUGGGUUACUGGAAAGUAUCUCUUCUAAAUAUGGAAAAAUCAUUCAGUUAUCAAACCAGGAAAGUAUAUGACAAGAACAAGUAACUUUUUUUUUCCAAAGAACUGUUUUCCUAAGAAAUAAAUGGAUGGUAUGAAUGGAAGUUUGAUGCAUAAUUAUUUCUGAAUCACAGUUUAAAUUUACAUUUGAGGUAACAAAUUGUCAAUCUGAUUGAGUAAAGCUAUGAGUUGUCUUUCCCUAUUAUCUGGUAAAUUGAAAAAUAAUUCUUAGAUAUAUUACUUGUCAAAGUAGCUAAUAAUAGUCUAUCACUAAUAAGUAGAGCAAAAUUUAAUACCAGUGAAGAAAUCUGUACCAAUUUUAUAUUUUAAUAGUUUGUUGAUGGUUAUUUGGUUAAAAACUAAGCAUUUUAAUGUUUUUUUCUUACUUGUAGGCAACAUUUUAGCAGUCUAUCAAUAUUCUCCAUUUAGUCCUCUGAAUUUCUAAAUGAAAAGUGUUUAAAAUUCAGUAAUCAAAAAUGGUUUAGCUUGACUCAAGGGCUUUACUUACUUAGGUCCAUGUGAAUUUGAAAAUAUAUUGGGUGUUUUCCCACUUCAACUGCCCUCACCCAAACAGAACUAAAAAAGAAAAGAAAGAAGAGACUACAAAAUCUAAAUAAAAAUUGCAAACACUCGAAGGCCCAUCCCUAAUAAGAAAGGGGAAAGGUCUCAAUUCCAAAAUCUUGGUGAACAUUCUAUAUUAUUGAAGUUAGCACUUAUUGUAAUAUAAUGCUCUUCUUUAGUGAUGUCAAUUACAAUUGCUUCCACUUGACUUUUUAAAAUAGCCUGACUUAAUUUCAUAAACCUGUUUACCAUUGCCAUUAAUGCAUAAUCUCCUCCUUAUUAAGUCUAAAAGGGUUUUAAACUAUAAAUAUACAUACAAAGAAAGGAAGGUGGGAAAUUCUCUUUAGUAGUGAGACAAUCCAAGGCCAGCAAAAGAUACUGCUGCUGCUGCUGCUGCUAAGUUGCUUCAGUCGUGUCCGACUCUGUGCGACCCCACAGACGGCAGCCCACCAGGCUCCCCCGUCCCUGGGAUUUUCCAGGCAA